UCAUUCCAAGCUCGUCCAGUAUAAAAAGGAGCUAAUCUUCUCUGUGUUUCUUCAUUCCAUUGGUAUCCUUCUCCUGUGUUUCGAACUUUCCAUCGACUCACAAUGGCACGCCCUGUGUUUCUGUUGCCAUUCGCCUUACUUCUUCUUGCUUCAACAAUGGCUUCCGCCGAUGUCGUGGAACACUCGUUCCAUGUGCAAAACCUGACCGUUCGGAGGCUCUGCCAUGAACAAGUUAUAACUGCAGUGAAUGGAAGCCUCCCCGGCCCAACCAUACGUGUUCGAGAGGGCGACACCCUUGUCGUUCACGUCUUUAACAAGUCUCCGUACAAUCUCACUAUUCACUGGCAUGGGGUGUUCCAACUACUGAGUGGUUGGGCAGAUGGACCUGUGUAUGCAACUCAAUGUGCCAUACGUCCUGGGCACAGCUAUACUUACAAGUUUACGAUCACGGGACAGGAAGGGACCCUCUGGUGGCACGCUCAUGUCCAGUGGCUCCGAGCAACUGUCUAUGGUGCCCUCAUCAUCCGCCCCAGAGCUGGUCACAAGUAUCCAUUCCCAAAGCCCCACAAGGAGUAUCCCAUUAUCUUAGGAGAGUGGUGGAAUGCUAAUGUUAUUGAUGUGGAGAACGAGGGACUGGCCAGCGGCGGUGCUCCUAACAUUUCCGACGCGUACACCAUCAACGGCCAGCCCGGAGAUCUUUAUCCAUGCUCUCAAAAACAUACGCAUAAAAUAAAGGUGGUGCAAGGAAAAACCUAUCUCCUGCGUAUAAUUAACGCUGCACUCAAUAACCAGUUCUUCUUCAAGAUAGCCAAGCACAAAAUGAAAGUUAUCGCAGUCGACGCCUCCUACACCGAACCUUAUGUCACCGACGUCGUCGUCAUCGCCCCCGGCCAGACCACCGACAUCCUCCUCACUGCCGAUCAGUCUCUGGGGUCAUACUACAUGGCAGCGCACCCGUACGCUUCAGCGGCCGGUGCAGCCUUCGAUAAUACCACCACCACUGGAAUCGUCGUCUACGACGGUGCCACGUCAUCAACCCCUGAAAUGCCGGUACUACCCGCCUUCAACGACACCCCCACGGCACACAAGUUCUUCAGCAAUCUGACUGCGCUUUCCAAUGGACCACACUGGACCCCAGUGCCACUUCAAAUCGAUGAGCAUAUGUUCGUGACCUUCGGAUUGGCUCUCAGCCCAUGCGGUGGAAACGCCACCUGCGCUGGUCCACUCGGCCAGCAGUUCUCUGCCAGCAUGAACAACGCAUCAUUCCUAUUCCCCACAGAGCUAUCCAUGUUGCAAGCUUUCUUUUUUGGAGUGAGUGGAAUCUACACCGCUGAUUUCCCUGACCAGCCACCCGUGGAGUUUGACUACACGAAUUCCAACAUCAGCCUUGAUCAAUCCCUGAUUUUUGCUCCAAAAUCAACGAGGGUGAAGAAACUGAAGUAUAACGCAACCGUAGAAAUUGUGCUGCAGAACACGGCGUUCGUGACAGUGGAGAAUCAUCCUAUACAUAUCCAUGGUUUCAACUUCCAUAUACUGGCACAAGGGUUCGGAAAUUACAACGCCACCACUGAUAGGAAAAAGUUUAAUCUGGAGAAUCCUGUAGUGCGCAACACUAUUGGCGUGCCGGUCGGAGGAUGGGCUGUCAUCAGAUUUCAGGCCAAUAAUCCAGGUGUAUGGUUGGUUCACUGCCACCUGGAUGUGCACCUUCCGUGGGGGCUGGCCACCGCUUUCGUGGUUGAAAAUGGUCCCACUCCUUCGUCCACGCUGCCUCCACCGCCAGCUGAUCUACCUCGCUGUUAGAAGUUGAUCAUAUCUUCUUGAUUUUAAUCAGGCGCAAAUUGUGGAAGCUCUAUUUUAUUUGUUAUGCUAUUUUCACCUUUCUUUGGCUUGGUUUUCAUUUCCACCACAAAGUAUUAAUGGUACUCAUUGAUUUAUUCUUGUCAACUUUGGUGUAAAGUGGAAUAAAAUUUAUAUUUUAUUUUUCAUUA